UUCUUCCUCGCGUGUCAGACCGCGGCAGCGCAAGUGCGGCUCCUCGGGUUGAGAAAGACUCGGAGGGAGUCUCGGUGGGAGGAGGCCCCGGCGCCGGGCCCGGUGUGAAGGCUGAGGAGAGGGGGAGGCAGCCGUAGCGGGCGCUUCGUCGGGUCACUUGUGAGCGAGGCGCGGCAGCAGCCACAGCAGCAAGAUGAGCAUCGAAAUCCCGCCGGGUCUGACGGAGCUGCUGCAGGGCUACACGGUGGAGGUGCUGCGGCACCGGCCGCCCGAUCUCCUGGACUUCGCUGCUGAGUACUUCAGCCGCCUGAGGGACACCCGAGACGAGCAGCUGCGAGAGGGGGCGGCCGCCAGGGGCAAAGGGGUCAACUUCGAUGGGGAGCCUAUGCAGACCGAGUCCAACGGAGAGGAGGAGCGGAGGGAAGCCGCCGCCGCCGCCGCCUCCGCCGCCGCCGAGGACUCGGAUUCCGAUUUCGAGCCUCCUGUUAUCAGCAGAUUCAACAGAAGAGUAUCAGUCUGUGCAGAAGCAUUCAACCCAGAUGAUGAAGAGGAAGAUACAGAACCAAGGGUAGUGCAUCCCAAAACAGAUGAGCAGAGAUGCAGGUUACAAGAAGCAUGUAAAGAUAUCCUCAUCUUUAAAAACCUAGAUCAGGAGCAGUUGUCACAGGUUCUUGAUGCCAUGUUUGAAAGAAGAGUGCAACCUCAGGAACAUGUAAUUGACCAGGGAGAUGAUGGAGACAACUUUUAUGUCAUUGAGCGGGGAUUGUAUGAUAUUUUUGUAGCACGAGAUGGCCAAACUCGUUGUGUUGGCCGCUAUGAUAAUCAUGGCAGUUUUGGGGAACUGGCCUUGAUGUACAACACUCCUAGAGCUGCGACUAUUGUUGCUACAACAGAUGGAUCUCUUUGGGGAUUGGAUCGAGUGACAUUCAGAAGAAUUAUACUAAAAAACAAUGCAAAGAAGAGGAAGAUGUAUGAAUUAUUUAUUGAGUCAGUGCCCCUUCUCAAGUCACUGGAGCCUUCAGAGCGAAUGAAAAUUGUUGAUGUAAUAGGGGAGAAGACAUAUCGAGAUGGGGAGCGUAUCAUUUGUCAGGGUGAUAAGGCAGACAGCUUUUACAUUGUAGAGUCUGGUGAAGUAAAAAUCUUGAUUAAAAGCAAGACUGUCACGGGCAAGGAUGCAAACCAGGAGGUGGAGAUUGCUCGGUGUCAAAAAGGACAGUAUUUUGGAGAACUUGCACUUGUUACUAACAAACCUAGAGCAGCCUCUGCCUAUGCAGUUGGGGAGGUCAAAUGUUUAGUUAUGGAUGUGCAAGCAUUUGAGCGGUUACUUGGGCCCUGCAUGGACAUUAUGAAGAGGAAUAUAACACAUUAUGAGGAGCAGCUGGUGGCAUUGUUUGGUUCAAGCUUGGACCUGACAAAUCCAGGCAAUUAGGCACAGGAAUACCUUGGUGCCUUCUCAGUUCAAGACACAGAAAAGUCUCCUAUUAGCAACAACGCAGCACCACACAAAUGAAAAAAAGGACACGACGGGACAGUGGCUGUUGGUGUCUUCUUGGGCAUUUUUUAGAAACCCACAUAGGUCUCAGCACAGCUGGAUGGGUCAAGGUUUGCUCCAGGCCUCCACUUUGCUGCUGAAAUUUCAUUAUUAGACCUAGCUGAGUCUCUUAAUUCUCCUUUUCACAUUGUUUGGUUCAGAAUGGCAUGUCUCUCCAACAAUUCAAGUGCCUGAUAUGAAAGAUGUGGAGCCCUCUAUUUGUUGUUCUCGUUUCAAAAAGAAAGAAGGAAAGAAAGAACUUUGUGAUCCAAGAUCUGGGAUAGCAGGUGGCUCUUCCUUCACUCAGGGACAGCCACCUCCUUAGCAGCAGCAUCUUUUUGACACUGUUUUCUCGAGAGUAUCAAAAUCUGCUUUUAAUAAUGAUUAUGUACUUGGAUUUGAAGUAGUUGGUAAUGUUAAAGGGGCUGGGAAGAUUUCAGUGCUAGUGAGUCGGCUAAUUCUGAGUUCUUCCUGUCAUCUGCUGGAUAUGGCUGGUACUGCAGCUUUUAUAGCCUGCGUGUUCAUGAGGAACCUACCUGGCCAAUAAUGAGUGGUGAAGCUGCAUGCUGAAUUGUGAGCGGUAUCAGUAACAGAAAGCAUACUUUUUUAAAAUAUAGGUAGGUAUUUAAGGCAACAGUGAAUCAGAAUAAUAGACCGUAGAAUCCCAUGGCCAGAUGUAUUGCAGGCAUAUUCUCUUUGGAAGCUUUGUUGUCUGUUUCUUAAAGUGGACUGAUUUGUGGUCUGUUGGGAGACAGUGAAACAUAACCCAAAUUCCUGUUCAUGGGAUUCUUUAUACUUUUAGAUUUCGCAUGGCAGUGCCCUUGACAGAAUCAGUUUUAAUGCUCUUUUUUUUUAAAGGAGGGUUGGGGUUUUUUUGUAACUUAAAAAGUAUUUAUGUACUAAAGAGGACUCCUUUCAAUGAUAAUACUUUACAACAUUCUUUAACAUAAUUAGGUAAACACUUUCCAAUUACCAAGUCUGUUUGCUAAAUCUUUUUUUAAAAAAAUAACAUUUUACUUCAAAAGUGAAUGUUUUUUUAAAAAAACAAAAAACUAAAAUGAAAAAAUCUCAUUUACUCUCUGAACUCCAGCUGGAGAAAUCUCUUUGAGAGAUUCAGACAAUUACAUUUUUUAAAAAAAAUGUCUGCUAAGCCAGCAGCAUUUCAAAAUAAGUGUCUGUUCCUCUAGCACUAUUUACCAAAAUUAACAUCUGGAUUAAAUUUUAUCCAAGUAUUAUCUCUAGAAGAAUUAGACUUUAAAAUUGGUCUUUUUAUAGCUUUAGAAAGAACAUUCUUAAAGGAAAAACUACUGAACCCAUAAGUAGUAAUGUCAGUUGCUGUUGCAUUAUCCAUGUUUCUCGGUGUGAUGUAAUCAUGUCUAUUUGGGGAUAGAUUUUCACUAAUUGUAGAUUUCCACCUGAUAGAAUAAUUGAAUUCAUUGUGGCUCUGCCAUUUACAACUGAAACAAGCCCAGCAAUCUUAAUUCAUUCUUUCUGACAAAGGUCUAAUUCACGGGUCUUAGCAAGUAGCCAUUUUCCAACUUGCUACAAUUUCUGUCCCUUUAUUAGUAAUUUAAGAUUUGCUUUUAACUAUGUUUCUGUAUCAGGGAAUGACAUUGUUCUAGCUUACAGGCAAAAGGACUUUACUGUUUUGUUAUGAAUGUCACUGGAAAAGGUCAAGCCGUUGGUGAGCAUAUCCCCUCUUGUUCCAGCAUUCAGCCCUGUGUUCUUUGCUUAUAGGAGACAGGUUUGCUAUGUCAGAAAAGCCCAGAGGAGGGUAUGUUUCAUUCAUCUUACGAUUUUACACCAAAGAUAUUGUUUUUAAUUGUACAAUUCUCAGUUUGUAUAAACCUCUAGGCCAUGGAUCUAAUUAAGGAGGAGUUAGGUGGAAAAAGGUCACUAUGCAGCUUUCGUUGGUUGUUCAGUGCUUCAUCCAAGCCAUUCAGUUCUUUUGAGACUUGGUCACAGUUCUAGUUGAGCCAAACAAGCCACGGUUUCCAGUCAGCCUGGGAGUGCCCCUCCCUCAUUUGUACAUGCUUUGCUGAGCACUUGUCCAUUGGAACAUGGGAGGAGUUUCUGUGCUUGUUCAUUCGAUACAGUUGCUUUAUAGUACACACUAUGGCAUCUUCAUCACCUGACAGUUGCUGGGGUUUGGUUUGCUGAUGUCAUGGAGAGAAUUCUGCAUUGAAAAGAAGGGAAGGGAUGUGUUGGAAGCCCGGUGCAGAACUGAAAAAGGGCAUGUGUUGAACAGGUGGAGUUAUAUGAGUUGGUACCGAUCAACAAACUUCCUACUGAAAAUAACUUUCUGUACUUAUCUGAAGCAGGCAGUUCAAGGGCUGAUGUUGCACAAUGCCAAAUUGGGCUUACCUUUCUACAUGUGCAGAAUCUUCUUACCUGUGCAUAUUUGUGAAUGGCCAACUGGUCCUAUGAAUCACUUUAUCAUGAGCACAAUUCACUGCUGUUCCUGUGAUCUCUUAUGUGAGAAUUCUACAUGUACAUUCAACCAAGACAGAUUUUUUUUUUGUCAACUGGAUUUAAAUAUGAGUUCAAAUCUGUAGUCCUGUGGGUUGCUCCUCACACUGAAGAGAUCAUGAGCCAUUUGGGGUUUGUCAGAGUGAAAAUCAUUUGGAAAUCGUGAUAUUAAAUUAUUUGUUGUGCUAUAUUUAGAGUGGCAGCUAGUUAGAGCAAUCAUGUAGACAUCUACUAUUUCUCCCCAGUCCAACUGGAGUCUAGCAACAUUGAUGAAGAGAGGUCCAUCUCUAUUUUUAGAUUCCUGCUUUUACCUUGGCUUCACUUAUCCCAUAUGACUUACCUGAACAUCUGUCAAGAGUUAUGCUUCCACUUCUGGCUUUGCUCUUUGUUAAGGGGAAACGAGAUCCAUUAGUAUGUAUAAAUUCAUUGGUGAUGUUUAGCUUUAAUAAGAUAACUGAGCAGCAAAAUGACUAAGAAGAGCGGUAUCUCCUGAGAUUGUCUUUUUUAACUUUAUGCUUGCUAUUUUUAAGGCUGCUGGGAGAAACUUACACUGUCCUGGUAUUACGAUAUUUCUGUUAACAUCACAGCACAUGUUUUCACACAAUGUAUUAAACAAAUUCCUUUCUAUAAAACAAAUAUCAGCAAGAGUGUAGUUCUGCAGAAGGAAACAGCGAUGCCCUUUUGUCAUUUUUUUCUUUACAGUUGUUCUUGACAUGUAUAUGUAAACUAGUCUUGCCAAAAAUACAUUUUUCUGAGUAUUUUCUCCCACUGCAGUUAGCUUUUUUGUGAGUACUGCUAGUGAGGUGAGUGUGCUCCAUUUCUUUCAGCCACAUGUUUCAUUUAAAGAAGACUUAUCUGUGGUUUCUCCCUGUACAGGCGAUAGGGCUGUGUUGGACCUGGUCAUCCAGGAAAAAGGAAAUGGUCCCUGAUCUCUUAGGAAUAUGACACAAAUUUGCUGAGGCUAGCUAAAGUCUAAACCAUGUACUAUGAAUGCUUUCCUCCAGUCACAAAGGUAAAUUUAAUUUUGCAUAAAGAUGCUACCUCAAAGCUCCAAGUGCUUUAAAUGUGUCUUGCCUGUGAGAAUUCCACAAAUUGGUUCUGAUAUGUAUUUCUGUUGCAUUAAGUAUGAGGGAUGUUCUCUUUUUAUCUGCUGGGGAGUGGCUUAAAUUAAUCUGUUUUUGCAGCUAGCAUUCAAUUAUUUCCCCCCAACAAGCGUGGGCAGAUUUGCAGAGGGCUCAGUUGUUGCACAAUGGCAGCACCCAAGAUGGGGAGAGAACAUCUGCCAUCUACGACGCUGGUCUCAGUAUGAUCCGGGGCUUGACUUCCCCCUCCAACUAAUAAAAGCUGACGUGCCAUGUCCAGCCUUCCUGA